GGAGUGUUUCUCAAUUACCGAUUCAGCUUAUUACAAUUAUAGCUUCAUAGCAAAAGUUAAUUUAAUUAUUUAAUCGUUACAUUAAAGAAGCAACAUGGGUAACCAUAAGAGAGAUAGAAAAGACAAAGAAAAGCGGAAGGCGAAAAAAGGGAAGUUUGUAGAAGACCAAGAAGAUAGCCAAUACGAUGAGAUUGAUGAUGAACCAGAGGAUCCUCAAAGUGUUCCAAAAAUCGCUUCAAAAAAUGAUAUGGAUAAAGAAAUUUCAACUGCUGCUGAAGACGAGUUUGGCGCUAAGGAUUAUAGAAGUAUUUUAGAGUUAAAGCUAGAUCAUAAUGCCAGACCGUUAUAUGUUGCACCCAAUGGUCACAUUUUCCUGGAAUCCUUCUCCCCAGUUUACAAACAUGCCCACGACUUUCUCAUUGCCAUAUCCGAACCAGUAAGUCGACCGGAACACAUUCACGAAUAUAAAUUGACAGCUUAUUCCUUAUAUGCUGCCGUUUCUGUUGGCUUACAAACGAACGAUAUAAUCGAAUAUUUGAAACGACUGUGUAAAACUACUUUACCUGAAGGAAUAGUAGAAUUUAUAAAGUUGUGUACGGUGAGCUAUGGAAAGGUUAAAAUGGUAUUAAAACAUAAUAAAUAUUUUAUUGAGAGUCGACAUCCGGAAAUUUUACAAAAACUACUAAGAGAUCCAGAAAUUGCUGCCUGUCGUCUCGUCAAAGAAGAAAGUCACUUGAAAGAGGAAGAAAAUUCAGAAAAAAAAUCAAAUUCUAAAGUUUAUUUACCAGGCGAGAAAGAAGGGGUUGAAAAUGGGAAUGAAGCCUCUAAAGUCCCAGAUGAUAUAAGUAAUUUCUUUGAAAAAAUGGAUAAGGAUGAAGACGAAGAUGAUAAAGAUUUAAAAACUGUUUCAUUUGAGAUUAAACAAGAAUCAUUAGAAAAUGUUCAAAGAAGAUGUAUUGAGCUGGAAUAUCCUUUGCUGGCCGAGUACGAUUUUCGGAAUGACACUAUCAACCCUGAUAUAAAUAUCAAUUUGAAGCCAAGUACAACUUUGAGGCCUUAUCAGGAAAAGAGUUUAAGAAAAAUGUUUGGAAAUGGACGUGCGCGCUCAGGAAUUAUUGUUCUACCUUGCGGUGCAGGUAAAACUUUAGUAGGCGUUACGGCAGCUUGUACCGUUAAGAAGCGUUGUUUAGUCUUGUGCACAUCCGGAGUUGCUGUCGAACAAUGGAGAUCACAGUUCUUAAUGUGGUCGACAGUAGAUGAUAAACUUAUUUGUCGAUUUACCUCUGAUGCUAAAGACAAGCCCACGGGAUGCUCUAUUUGCAUUAGUACAUAUUCCAUGAUUUCUCAUUCCAAUAAAAGAUCUUGGGAAGCCGAAAGGGUUAUGGAAUGGCUUCAAAAUCAAGAAUGGGGUUUAAUGUUGCUGGAUGAAGUUCAGUUUAUACCCGCCAAAAUGUUCAGAAGAGUUUUAUCUGUUGUACAAUGCCACACAAAAUUGGGUUUAACAGCGACCCUCGUGAGAGAGGACGACAAAAUUACUGAUUUAAACUUUUUAAUUGGUCCAAAACUGUAUGAAGCAAACUGGUUGGAAUUACAGCAAGGCGGUUAUAUUGCAAGGGUUCAGUGUGCAGAGGUAUGGUGUCCUAUGACACCUGAAUUCUUUAAAGAAUACCUAGGAACAAGAACGAGAAAACAACUGCUUUUAUACGUUACAAAUCCAAAUAAAUUUCGCGCUUGCGAAUAUCUUAUUAAGUACCACGAAAGAAGAAAUGAUAAAAUAAUCGUUUUCUCCGAUAAUGUAUUUGCAUUAAAGAAAUAUGCUGUGAAGAUGAGCAAGCCCUUUCUGUAUGGACCUACUGCCCAAAGAGAGCGAUUAAAUAUCCUGGAUAAUUUCAAAAUGAAUCCGAAAGUUAAUGUAAUCUUUGUAUCAAAAGUAGCAGAUAACUCUUUUGAUUUGCCUGAGGCAAAUGUUCUGAUACAAAUCUCUUCUCAUGGUGGUUCAAGACGUCAAGAAGCCCAACGUCUGGGUAGAAUUUUAAGAGCAAAAAAAGGAUCUCCAAUAGACGAGUACAAUGCUUUCUUUUACUCUUUGGUUUCACAAGACACUAUUGAAAUGCUGUAUCAGUCAAAGAGACAGCGUUUUCUAAUUAAUCAGGGAUAUAGUUAUAAAGUCAUUACUAAAUUAAGUGGUAUGGAGGAAGAACAAUUAUCAUAUGGAACGAGAGAUGAACAAUUGAAAUUAUUGGAGGAAGUACAAAGAGCAAAUGAAGCCGACGCGGAGGAAGAAAAAAUGCCUCUGGAUGCAUUUAUUAAUUCGAAAAAAGUGUUUCGAAGACCUGGUAAUAUGGCUUCUAUGUCAGGUGCCGAUGAUUCUGUUUAUUUGGAAUCAAGAAGAAAAAAUGUUCAUCCCUUGUUUAAGAAAUUUAAGAAACGAUAG